GUACUUCCCGAUUUUUUCCCGCUUUUCCAAUAAAUUGCUAGGCCCGGGUGCACCGCACGCGUAGCGCCCAGCGAGUUUCAGAAGAACAAGGGUUAACACUAAUGUUUUUAAUAAUAAUUCUUUAAGACUUCUUCUUUUAGAACCAAUUUUGGGUUCAAGACUCUUCCAAACCAAUUCAUUCCUCUAUAUAUAUAACAGAAAAGGGAAGUUAAAGAAUCACAUAAUUAUCCGUGUCCUCAAAUCUUGUGAUGAUGACAAACAACACUACAAAAACUCGUAACACCUUUCUUAGUUACUUUGUUCCGUUCCUUUGGGGAUUUGUGGUGAUGGAUGCUGGUUUAGGACAAAACACAACUAGUGAUGAAAUAAAAGUAGGAGUAGUUAUUGAUCUCAAAACAAACUUUUCCAAGAUCUGCCUCACUUCAAUUAACAUGUCGUUGUCCGAUUUCUACCAAACUCAUCCUCAUUACCGCACAAGACUUGCUCUUCACGUCAGGGAUUCCAUGGAAGAUAUUGUUGAGGCAUCAGCUGCAGCCUAUAACCUAAUCAAUAACGAGAAAGUGAGGGCCAUCAUCGGACCAAGAAGCUCUAUGCAAGCCGAGUUUAUGAUUAAACUGGCCACCAAAUCUCAAGUACCGACCAUCACUUUCUCAGCAACGAGCCCUCUACUUAGAACUAUCAACAACCCUUACUUCGUCCGAGCCACUAUCAGAGUAGGGGGAUUUGAACUCUGGUUCGGAGUUAAUGAACUGUGGCUAUUGAACCACUCCACUAAAGACACACUUAUUGAAAUUUGUGGCCGGUUAUAUUAUUAUUAUUUGGCGGCCGGAAGCCCAUGCUUCUUUAGCUUGGGCCCAGGGCCGGCUCUGGCCACUAUCGACGACUCAUUCCAGGCUGAAGCCAUUGCGUCCAUUGUCAAAUCAUUUGGGUGGAGAAGCGUCGUCGCAAUUUAUGUGGACAACGAGUUAGGUCAAGGAAUCAUGCCCUCCUUGUCAGAGGCUUUAGGAGACGUGGAAGUCCAUAGAAGUGUGAUCUCUCCAGAGGCUAGCGAUGAUCAUAUUCUAAAGGAACUUUAUAAACUCAAGACUGAGCAGACAAGGGUAUUCGUUAUCAACAUGGACGCAAGUCUCGGAUUCCGGGUUUUGAAGAAAGCAAGAGAAAUAGGGAUGAUGGAGGAAGGGUAUGUCUGGUUACUAUCAAAUGGAAUGACCCACAUGAUGAGACAUAACGGUCGUAGCUUAGAGACUAUGCAGGGCUUGUUAGGUGUGAGGAGUCAUGUCCCUCGGUCCAAAGAGCGUGAAGAUUUCAGUUUGAGAUGGAAAAGAAAAUUCCAGAAGGAGAACCGGGCGGGGGAUGGUACAGAGCCUAAUGUUUUCGCAUUAUGGGCGUAUGAUUCGAAGAAGUUCUUCUCAAUAUGCAUGACAUCUAAAUUAUGCCGCAAUAGACCUCCGUCGGAAUUCGGCGUGUUUUCUUGUAGCGUCGAGUCAUCAACUUUUGAGAUAAUCAAUGUUAUCGGAGAUGAAGAGAGGAUUAUCGGAUUAUGGACACCAAGUAGUGGACUGGUGAAUGCAAAAUCAAACAAAACGACAUCAUUUUUAGGCAAAAGGUUUGGGCCAGUAAUAUGGCCUGGGAACUCGACCGUUGUUCCAAAAGGUUGGGAGAUUCCAACAAGCGGGAAGAAGAUUAAAGUGGGUGUUCCAGUAAACAAAGGAUUCCUCAAUUUUGUGGAGAUAAAGACAAAUCCAAUCAGUAACCUAACAACCGUAAGGGGUUAUGCCAUAGACAUCUUUGAAGCUGCUCUUAAAGAGUUACCAUAUUCAGUCAUUCCUCAAUACGGUUUCGAGCCUCCAGGUGAUAACUACAAUGAUUUGGUCUACCAAGUCUUUGACGGGAAGUGGGAUGCAGUUGUUGGAGAUAUAACCAUCACAUCGAACAGGUCAUCAUAUGUUGAUUUCACGUUACCGUACACAGAGUCUGGAGUGUCUAUGAUUGUGCCGGUGAGGAGCAACAAGAACAAAAACUCAUGGGUGUUCCUAAAACCUUGGAGCUUAGACCUAUGGAUCACCACUGGUUGCUUCUUCGUCUUCAUUGGGUUUGUUGUGUGGCUGUUCGAACACAGAGUCAACACAGACUUCCGUGGACCUCCUCACCACCAGAUCGGCACUAGUGUCUGCUUCUCCUUCUCCACCAUGGUUUUUGCCCACCGUGAGAAGGUAGUGAGCAAUUUAGCAAGGUUUGUGGUGGUCGUCUGGUGCUUUGUGGUGCUUGUGCUAACUCAGAGUUACACAGCGAGUCUCACCUCAUUUCUGACGGUACAAAGUUUGCUUCCAACAGCCACAAAUGUGGAAGAUCUCAUCAGAAGUGGGGAGUCUGUAGGGUACCAACAGGGCGGUUUCGUUAAAGAUAUUCUGCUAGGUCUGAAAUUUUUUGAAUCACAGCUCAAGCCUUUUGGUUCUGCCGAAGAAUGCGACGAUCUAUUGUCCAAAGGGACAUCAAAAGGUGGUAUUGCAGCAGCUUUUGACGAUGUGCCCUACCUUAAGGAUAUCGUUUCUGAAAACUGCUUCAAAUAUGCAAUGGUUGAACCUUCCUUCAAGACGGCUGGUUUUAAACCUUCCUUUAAGACCAUCAUUAACUCAGGGUUCUUAGUACAUGGUUCUUAGCAGAAUAUAAGAAUCCGACUCUUAACUUUUAACUGAAAAAGUUAAGAGUCGGCUCUUAAAUCUCUUAUUUAAGAGCCGACUCUUAGCAUUUUCAGUUAAAAAUUAAGAGUCGGGUUCUUAUAUUCCGCUAAGAGCCCCGUCCUAAGAACCCCCGUUAAUGAUGCUCUAAGACUGCUGGUUUUGGCUUUGUAAGUUCCUUAAUAUUUAUUUUUAUUAAUUUACAAAAUUGGCAACAAAAACAUCAGUAUUUUAUUUUUAUUGCUCGCUUAUGUGUAGGCAUUCCCUAAGAACUCGCCUAUGACAGGAGAUGUCUCAAGGGCUAUCUUGAAAGUUAUUAGUAAAAUAACAUAAUUCUCAUUAA